CUGGCUUACCGACCACUCGCGGUAUGUCCUUCCGCUCCUGAAAUGGAGUUUGGUGACACGAUGAGCGAGAAGAGGCUCAAUAGUCAUAUCAUAUCUGGCCUCAGUACUUUGAUGCAAUCGAAAACAAUCAUCACUCUGUGACACGUCUCUAUCAUGAAAUCAGUGUCUCUUUAUGUUUGGCUGGCUCUUUGUUUAACUCUGGGAUGGGUCCUUUUGACCCUUGUCAAGCUCAUUCGUUCCCCUUUGACACGCGUUCCUGGACCCUUUCUUGCAAGGUUCACAAGACUAUGGCUCCUCAAGCAAGUAUACCUUGGGACAUACCCUAAGACCAGUAUCGAGCUCCACAGGAAGUAUGUUCGACCAGGGCCCAUUGUACGCAUAGCACCAAACGAGUACAGUAUCGACGAUCCUGCAGCAGCCAAAAUAAUCUACGGAAGUGGUCGAGGAUUUACAAAGUCCCCAUGGUAUUAUGCCAGCAGCAAUCCCAUUAGCCCACUGCCAAACAUCUUCGCCGAGCCGAAUCCACAUAUCCAUGCACAGGCCAGACGAAAGGUCGCAGCAGCUUACUCCAUGACCAACUUGGUUCAACUGGAGCCUUUCAUCGAUAAAUGCUCCGCUGUUCUGAGGGACAGAUUAGAAGAGUUUGCUCGGUCUGGUGCUUCCGUGGAGGUAUCUCACUGGAUGCAAUGCUACGCAUUCGACGUAAUAGGCAUGAUGACGCUCGGGAAACGAUUCGGUUUCUUAGACUCGGGUGAAGAUAUACAAGGAAUCAUGUCGUCCCUGAGCCAGUACUUGAUCUAUUGUGCCAACGUCGGGAUAUUUCCAGAGUGGCAUAAGACUCUAUUUCGCCGACGAAUGAGAUCAAAGACAGUAUCUGGCCUGGUGCACGUCCGAGAGUUUGCCAAUGCACAACUGGAAGAGAAGCGCGAGAAGGUCGAGGCAGAUGACGCAGCCUAUUCCAAUGUUGCAGAGGACUUUAUCACCAAGUUCUUACGCAUGCAGGCUCAAGAUCCGGUCAAGAUUACUAACGCUGACAUUAGUUCAGUAUGUACCAUGAAUAUUGGUGCUGGUUCUGAUACAACCUCCAUCAGUUUGACUUCGAUAAUAUUCAAUCUGAUCAAGUACCCGAGAGUUCUCGAACAGCUCCGAGCCGAGAUCAAAGAGCACGAGGCUCAAGGCACAAUAUCGGAUCCAAUCAAAUUCGCCGAAGCAAAUCAGCUUCCCUAUCUCCAAGCAGUCAUCAAAGAAGGUCUACGAAUGCAUCCUGCCACUGGGCUCAGUCUCGGCCGGGUCGUUCCAUCAGAGGGAGCGACUUUGGCAGGACAAUACUUUCCUCCAGGAACCGUGGUUGGGAUUAAUGCUUGGGUGGCACACGCUAACACCAAGGUAUUCGGGCAUGACGCCCAUGUCUUUCGCCCCGAAAGGUGGCUAGAUUACCCAGAACUGGUCAAGGAACGCGAAGCAUAUUUUAUGACACAUAGUCUAACCCUUUACUUUGACAGUUCGGUCAAGGCUCUCGCACCUGUCUGGGCAAGAACAUCAGCCUGA